CACAACCCGAUAAGGAGAACGAGGAAGAGGAUCGUGUUAUUUGUUUAGGUUUUGGCAGGCGUAAUGGGGUCUCUUUCCUCAAUUGUCUGCACUUUGGGACUCGCCGUCCUGUUCGCAGGCACCUUAGUAUCUUCAGAUGUAUUUGACAGCGUCUUGGGAAACACCGCGUCCUGCCAUAAGUCAUGUGAAAUGACAUACAGUUUGCAUACCUAUCCUCGGGAGGAAGAACUGUAUGCCUGUCAGAGAGGCUGCCGCCUGUUCUCCAUUUGUCAGUUUGUCCGUGACAGCGAAGAUUUAAAUCAGACCAAAUCCGAGUGUGAAUCAACCUGUCACGAAGCCUACACCCAGUCUGAUGAGCAGUACGCAUGCAACCUGGGCUGUCAGAAUCAGCUCCCCUUCGCUGAGCAGCGAAAUGAGCAGUUGGAGAGCAUGGUGCCUAGGAUUCACCUUCUGUACCCGUUGACUUUGGUCAGAGGUUUCUGGGAUGAUGUAAUGAGUCAGGCCCAUAGCUUCAUCACUUCCACAUGGACUUUUUACCUCCAGGCUGAUGAUGGCAAAGUCGUCAUUUUCCAGACUGAACCUGAAAUCAAGUUCUUCUCCCAGUUUGAACUGGAAAAAGAUGUUAAAGAGGAACCUCAGAAGAGCUUUCCUGGACUGAGCAGCCCUGUAUUUAAGGACUACCAACGCACUUUAAUCCAGGAGAGGGACAGAGACAUGACUGGGGACCACACCUAUAAUGACGAAUACAAUCUUUUCAGCUGUCUCUCAAGGAAUCCUUGGCUACCGGGGUGGAUCCUUACCACAACUCUGGUCCUGUCUGUUUUUGUCCUGAUCUGGAUCUGCUGUGCCACUGUGGCAACAGCUGUGGAUCAGUAUGUACCUGCUGAGAAAUUAAGCAUCUAUGGAGACAGUGAAUACAUUAAAGAACAGAAAUUGAUUCCAUAUCCAGCAUCCUCCCUGCUGAUCAUCACCUCCAACGGAUCAGAGGAGGAGGCUGGACCACUCCCUUCCAAAGUGAACCUAGGACAGUCUAACAUCUAGAACCCAAAUCUGUACAACAGAGGGGAAUAUUCUCUCUUAUGUAUAAUCUCAAGUUGAUUUUUAUCCUUUGGCUUAAGACCUGUGCUGAUUGUAGUCUUAAGUCACUACUUUCAGAGUCUCACUACUUGCAGAACUUUUUUUUUUUUUGCCCCCCUACUAUUAUUAUCAUUAUUAUUAUUUUUUUCUCUUUUUGCCUCCUGUCAAUCGUAGCUUUUAAAGUUGGAGUGAUAGUUUUUCUGUAUAUUGGCAUAAUUGAGGCAUUAUAGCACAGUGACGGCAGUACAAGUCAACUAGGUUUUAGGGGGGUUUAUUGCAAUUUUGGUGUGCAUUAGCUCUCUAUUGGUGUGCUUACUUUAUUGGAUGUUUAAAUGAAAUCUUUGUGACUUGAAGUGAUGCAAGUUUCUUCCAAACAGUCAACUUUUGAUAAAAUAGGUUGUGGUGGUACUGCAGACUUACCCUGUUUGCUUUUAUGUUUCUACUGGGGUGAUAUCCUAAUGAUAUUGAAUUUUACAGUAAAAUUCUCUGCUCUUAAUAUAAAUUGAUAGUGAUGGUACAAACAGUAAGUCCUUACUGCUUAACUGUUGUCUCUUCUUAUCAUAAGUCAAAUUAAAUACAGAGUGAAUCUAA